UCUUUCAGGUGGUGUUCGCGGUUGCGAUGAUUGGGCUUUGUUGUAUGCUUCCGGAGUCGCCGAGGUGGUUGGCGGCACGAGGGAGGAAUGACGAGGCGCUCGCAAUUCUGGGAGCCUUGCGUGAUGGAUCGGAGGAUGAUGUGCACGUUAGGGCCGAGUACGAUGAAAUUCUGGCGUCUUUGGCGCUGGAGCAAGAAGAGUCUGGUUCAUGGAAGGACGUGUUCUCAGACAACGGCAUCAAGGGAUACCAACGUACCAUCAUCGCCUGCGCAGUCCAAGCCAUGCAAGAAUUCACCGGAACAAACAUCAUCACAUACUACGCACCCUACGUCAUGGUCCACUCCGUCGGCCUCGAUAACCACCAAGCCCUCCUCCUCUCAGGUGGUCUCCAGCUCUUCUUCCUGGCAAUGUCUUUCAUCCCAUGGGCCAUCAUCGACAAAGCUGGACGCAGGAAGCUAUUCAUGUUUGGGUCGACGGGGAUGGGUGCAUGCAUGCUUGCUUCUGGUCUCUGUAUCUACCGCGGAGGCAGAAACAAUGGUAUCGGCGCCGUUGUGGCACUCUACCUCUUCCAGGGCUUCUUCACCGUGGGAUGGAUGUCAAACAUGUGGUGUUACCCCUCUGAGAUCCUUCCCCUCCGCCUUCGUCAACGUGGUGGUGCACUUUCCGUCGUCUGGCAAUGGCUCAUCACAUUCCUCGUUGUCGAGAUCACCCCACCCGCGAUCUCUAAUAUCGGAUGGUGGACCUACAUCAUCUUCUCCCUCCUCAACUUUGGGAGUAUCGGGAUCGUGUGGUAUUGGUUCCCGGAGACGGCGGGGAGGAGUUUGGAGAGCGUUGAUUUGUUGUUUGUUGGGGCGAAGAAUAUAAGGGAAGUUGUGUUGAGGAGUACUGGGAAGGCCGAGACGCCGGUAUUUGAUAUGAAAGGAGCGGGAGUGGAGUUGAGGCAUAGGGUGCUUGGGAAGGGGGACGAGGAGGACGAGAUGUAUAUUGGGAAGCAGGAUGUAGUGCACGUGGAAAGGGUGGUGGGAACAGGGCCUGGAGGUGUUGCUGUCUGAACGGGAAGUUAUGUCGUAUAGCAU